UGAUGCAAAAGCUCGUUCAUGCUCGUGAGUUCAACACUCACUGCGGUAAACAGGGCAGUAAAACAUUUCAUUCACAUCUUCAGACCGGCAGAAAGAAACCUGCAUUGUGAAUGAAUGGGCGCUGGCGACAAUGCAAAAGAGACUGCACGAACAAGCAACAUAAAGCUCGAAUGAAGAUCCUAGGAUGUCUUUCAAGAAGGAGACGCCUCUUGCCAACGCUGUGUUUUGGGCAGCAAGGAAAGGAAAUUUGGCCUUGCUUCAGCUGUUGUUGAACAGCGGCCGAGUGGAUGUAGACUGCAAAGAUGGUUACGGCACCUCAGCGUUAAUGGUGGCAUCCUACAGUGGUCAUUAUGAUUGUGUCCGGGAGCUCAUUAUGCAAGGUGCAGAUAUCAACCUGCAGAGAGAGACAGGUUCCACUGCCCUCUUCUUUGCUUCACAACAGGGACAUAAUGAAAUUGUCAAGCUGCUGUUUGAAUUUGGAGCAUCUACUGAAUUUCAGACAAAGGAUGGUGGCACGGCACUUUCUGCGUCCUGUCAGUAUGGUCACUCUAAAGUGGUCGACACCCUGCUGAAGAACGGAGCAAACGUCCACGACCAGCUCAAUGAUGGUGCAACACCUUUAUUCUUGGCUUCCCAGGAGGGUCAUGUGACCGUCAUACGUCAGCUUUUGUCAUCUGGGGCUAAAGUCAAUCAACCUCGUGAGGAUGGUACGGCUCCACUCUGGAUGGCAGCCCAGAUGGGACAUUUUGAGGUGGUGAAAGUUCUGCUUCUACGAGGUGCAGACCGCGAUGCAGAUAGGAAAGACGGCUCCACAGCUCUGUUCAAGGCUGCACAUAAAGGACACUGUAAUGUUAUUGAGGAACUCCUCAAGUUCUCACCUUCUCUCGGUCUUCUGAAGAAUGGUUCUACUGCUCUUCAUGCAGCCGUCAUGGGCGGGAAUCCAAAAACAGUUGCACUUUUGCUGAAGGCAAAUGCUGAUCCAGCUCUACCCAACAAGAAUAACGAACUGCCAGAAGAUCUUACAAAGAAUGAGCGCAUCCUUAGAAUCCUGCGACAGCCCAUUCUGAAUGGAAGGAGUUGAUGACUGCUGUGUUUGGUCGUAGCUCUUUGCAAUGUUUGUUUUUAGGUCCAUGAAAAAUAAAUGCACUACAUCCUCCCAAGAGAGGUGAAUGUUACAGCUUUCCAGUCUCAUAACAGCAGUUUUAAUGGUGCUUGCUUGCAGCUUCUGAAUUCAGAUCAACAAUACAAAUGCACUGACAGUAUUCAGCUUAUUCUGUAUCCUGGAAAUGUUACUUUUUUCUUUUCUUUUUUUCUUUUAAUUAAAAAUACAGUCUAUAAAAUUGGCAGGUGUAGGAUGCUGCUGCUUAUGUUUAGUUCAUUUAUUGUGUUUUAAACUUGAUAAUGAUACAGUGUCUUUUUGUCAUGUCAAUAUAUUUUAAUUAAACUGUCCAAAAUUGUGCUAUAUAAUUAUGGUCCUGAAUCAGCUUUUGUGUCAAACGUUCUCCUAGGACAAAGAAAAACAAUAUCCAGCUGCAUUUAAAUCCCAAAAGUUCAAUACAUGCUGGUUAAUUGUUGAGGUUUUUUUUUUUUUGCCGUAUUUAUUUUCAACUGAAAUGCAGUUUAGACUUUAUACAUAUUUGUUUUCACACCCAAACUUGAAUUAGGUGUUUCAAUAUAUUUGCUUCUUAACAUUGAUUUUGUUUAUCAUUUUGUCUUUGUGUAAAGUGUGGUGAACUGUAUGUUUGUAAACAAUAAAUGUACAAAAUAAUGCA